AAAAACCAAAAAGGUGAAAGUGAUGUAUGCAAGUCCAGCAAAAAAUCCUUCAAAAGAAGUACAAAACACCCGGUGCCAAUAAAGAGUGCAAAAAGGUCAGCAGCUUACUGGAUAACAUAGAUCAGCCUUUCUAAAUUAGGGUGCCUUUAGGUUUCUUCAGGGGUGCCUUGGGAAAAUGUCUAAAAAUUGCCCAAAACUUGUAUACAAGCCAGCGGGUGGAACAAGCCUGCCUUUUAGUUACACAAAGCCACAGGUUUUCAUUGUGCACCAUUAUGACCUUCUAGCCGCCAGCUUCUUGACAACCAGUGACAUCAGUUGA